AUGCUCUCCCUGACCCACCUCCUCCUCCUCACAACCUACCUGCUCUCCGCCGCCCUCUCCACAUCCACCACCCACCUGCACCUCACCGCCCUCAUCUCGCACCCCGAAACCGGGCACCCGCAAUUCGAAUGCUGGCGUCUCGAUCAACCCUUCACAACGUACCCAACCGUCGGGAAAGCAAUCCAAGGUCUCGCGGACGUGUCUAAUCUCUCUUAUGUCGUUUUGCCGCCGAGGUCGAGUGAGGGGGUGCAUAAUGCGCCGCAUCCAAUGUACAUCAUCCCGUUCUUCGUCCUACUCUCCGGCCUCGCGCACGUAACUCUGCCUCCGAAUGCAGACUACGACUACGCCGACAACGACACCACUGCCAACGAACUCUGGAUCAUGGAAGGCGUCAACGGCCUUAUGAUUGCCGCCGAUACUUGGGGGCCGGGGCAUGUUACUGAUUACCCUUCGGACAAGGAGACUGUGGCGCUGCAGAUUCCGCUUUGGGAGGGGCGGAUGCCGGGGCAUGAGGUUGUGGCGAGGGGGGUUUGUGGAGUUGAGGAGAGGGAAGGUGGGUUUUGGGAUGGAGAUGGGAGUAGGGUUGUGGUGCAGGGUGGGAGUUAG